AUGGUUCAUUACGAUAAAUAUAUGAAUUUUAUAGAAGCUAUUAAAGAUUCGCCAAAUUUCAGGGCUUCUUUACUUGAAAAUGAAUUAUAUUUGGUUGGUUUUCGUAAAAGAAUUGAAGAAUUAAUUAAAACAAUUGAUCAUGUUUUGUCAUUGGAAGAACAAUUAACAGCAGCUUCAGGUAAACUUAAUAUUUGUUUUGCUGAAGCAUGGAAAAGUAUGAAAAACAAUGAUCCUGUAUCUGAUGUAACUUUCUCAACAGUUUCGGAAGGAUUUUCUAAAAUUAUGAAUACAAAUGGUUCAGUACAUGAAAGUUCUUUCCUAUCUAUGCGUAAUGUUUUAUUUAAUUUUUUAAAAAGUGAUUUAGAAAAAUUAUCAGAAACAAAAUCACAAUUUAAUAGUAUAUCAUCAAAUUUAGAAGAAGCAUUAACAAAAAAAGCAUGUAUACCAAAACAAAAGGCAAAUGAAUUAGGUGAAGCAAAAAAUUCUCUUACGGCUAUUGGGACAUGUUAUGCACACGUGUCAGUAGAUUAUGUUGCACAAAUUAAUUUAAUACAUGCCAAGAAAUGUUAUGUACUUAUUGAAGCUAUUUGGAAAUUUCUCAACGAGGGAACAAAUUAUUAUAAAAAGAGUUACAAGACAUUGAUUGAUUUUGUCGAUAAAGAAGGACAAGAAAUUUUUAAUACAAUAACUAAUUUAAAAAAUAAUUUUAAAAUUAUGGAAAAAAAAAUGCAGGAUAGGCAUUCUGUCGUACCAAAGGAAUUAUUUUCUCUUCCAACAGGAUUAUCUUUAGAUCCAGAAGUUGUUAUGGAAGGAUAUUUAUUUAAACGAUCAUCUAAUGCUUUUAAAUCAUGGAAUAGAAGGUGGUUUCAAAUUAAGGAUAAUAAAUUAAUGUAUUCACAUAAAAAUAAUGAUCAUGAACCAUUAAGAGUAAUGGAAAAUAAUUUAAAAUUAUGUCUUGUACGUCCUGCUCCACCAAAUAUUGAAAGAUCAUGUUGUUUUGAAUUAGUUACUCCAUGUAAAUCUUAUAUGCUUCAGGCAGAUUCUGAUUUACUUUGUAAAACAUGGAUACGUGCUCUUCAACGUACUAUACAACAUUUACAUGAAGAAAGUUUUCAAAAACCUAAGAAAGAUGUUAAUUUUGAUAAUGUAAGUAAUGAACAACAAGAACAUAAUAAUGAUAAUAAUAUAAAUAAUUUAUGUGGAUUUGAAUCAAAUGAGUCAAAUACUAGUACACCACGACAAGAAUUACAAAAGAUUGAUAGUCAAGAUGAACCGAUUAAAAAAUUUAAAAAUGUAUUAUCAAUAAGAGAAUUUUAUUCACAUGUACGUUCAUUACCAGGGAAUACUAUUUGUGCAGACUGUAGAUGUUCUGAUGCGAAAUGGAUAAGUAUUAAUCUUGGUAUAAUUAUAUGUAUAGAAUGUAGUGGUGUACAUAGAAGUCUCGGUGUUCAUAUAUCAAAAGUAAGAUCAUUAACAAUGGAUUCAUUAGAAAGUAAACAACAAGAAGUUAUGUUAUCAUUAGGUAAUGAUAUUGUUAAUUCAAUUUAUAUGAAAUAUUAUAAUUAUUGGGGAAAAGAGUAUCCAUUAAUUGUAAAAGAUUCACCUAGAUCAGAAAGAGAAUAUUUUAUAAAAGCAAAAUAUGUUAAAAAAAUAUUUACUGAAAAGUCACCUACUCUUAAUAUUGGAAUAAAAAUAUGUGACAAUAAUUUUGAAGAUGGUGAUUCAUAUGUUAAUCAUCAAUAUUUACCCUUACCAACAACUGAAACAUUAUCAAUUAAAAGUUUUGAUCGAUCAGAAUCAAGGUUAUCCUGUGAAUCAGAGACAAUGAAAUUUGAUAAUUCAGGAAAUGAUGAAUUAUUUUUACCCGAUAUGGUAUAUGAUGUCAUAAAAAAUAAUAAUAUUGUAAAAAUGUUAGAACUUCUCGCAAAUGGCUUUGACAUUAAUUCUGUAAUCCAAGGUAAUACUCCAUUACAUAUUGCUGUAAAAUAUAGUAAUCAAGGAAUGAUUGAAUUUUUAAUACUUAAUGGUGGAAAAAUAAAUGCAUUUAAUGAAGAUUUAGAUACACCAUUACAUAUUGCAGUUAAAAUUGGAGAUCCAUUAUUAGUUUAUCAUUUAAUUAAAAGGAAUGCUGAUAAAUCAAUUAAAAAUAAGAGGGGUUUAACACCUUUAGAAUGUGCUAUGGAAAAUGAACACGCAAAUGUAGUUGUUUUAUUUCGUCUUGUUGAUUUAAAAAAUGAAUGUACAAAUGUUGAUAGUAAUAAUACAAUGUUAGAUGAAAAUAUUGAUGAUUUUUUAAGUAAUUUACAAAUCCAGGAAAAUGAAUAUAAAGAAACAAAAAUAUAA